AUGAUGUUCAGUCACGAAGAUACAUUCAUUGACAAAGACGAGAAAGGGGUCGUCCGUAGUCUGGACCACCUGGAUUCCCCAUAUGUGGCGGAUGUAUCAUCGAUCGAGGGUGAUGCUGUGAGCGUCAGCCAACAGUACCUGAGGGAUGCUGCGACAAUCUAUGGAAUACCGGAGGCCUACCUCAACGACCUCAACACCAGCAUCACCCCGCAGCCAGGAAUGACGGACCGUUCGACACCCGCACUCAACCUAGCCGGAAGCCCAAGACCACGCCACAAAUGCACCGUCGUUUCUUACCAGCAAACUGUUCUUGGUUUGCCCAUUUGGGAGGCUGGUUUCAGUAUCACCCUGGAUGAGGACUUGAAUGUUAUCAGCUCUGUCAGUACCAUUGAGCAGAAUGUCAAGACCAGAAGCCCUCAGAGAGAUGCCGUGGCCCGCAAUGAGCUGGAUGAAAAGCGUCUUCGCAAACUUCUCGGGAUUGAAGAAACCCGCCCAAAAAUUGUGAUCAAUACACAGCGUCUCAUGGUAUAUAAGUUCAAUCCCAGUAGCCGACUGGAGACUGAGGAGGAUGAGACUCAAGAGUCCGGUGUGGAUGUGGCAGUCCCAACACUGGAGCUCCCACCCGUCCGGUCUAGCAUUGAAGCCGGGGCCUUCUUUGUUUGCAGAGAGAUAUUAUUUACCUGGCCUCUGCCCAACUUCGGGGAUAUUAACUGGAGAGUCUUCGUGGAAGUGGACACUGGAAGCGUCCUCUAUCUGCGUGCAUUGAUGGCUUCCAUCCAUGCUUUUGUAUACACCAUGGAUCCCUUCACCCGCCUCGGUGCUACCGGACCCCCGGCUUCGGCCCCAGUGUCCCAGCUCGAUAAUGCUAGAGAAUGGAAGGAGCUGCCGGAAGUUACAGCAUCUUCUCCGCAGCAGCUGGCUGGCCGUUAUGUGCGAGUCCGAGAUUUCGACCCUCCGGCGAUUCCUCCUCCCACCAGCGCGACAGGACACUUUCGCUUCAGCGUGCCCACCGAUGGCUUUGCUGCAAGCAAUGCUUACUACCAAAUGGCACGCCUGUUCAAGCUCUUAGAAGAGCUAAAUUUUGAUGUGAGAUCGCUAUUUGAUAGCACCGCUCCCGACUCUCAAUUCCCUCUCCCAGUGGACCAUCGCGGGUUCAGCAAUGCAGUGAACGCCAAGGCGCCCGGCAACUCUAGAGGAGAUGGCUCUGGGGGAUUUAUAUUCGGCCUUGCCGCUUCUGGCACUUCCGUGGGCAUGGCCUCGGAUUUCCGUGUUGCUGCGCAUGAGUUCUGUCAUGCUCUCUUAUGGGAAGCUGUCCAUAGUCCGAACUUCGGAUUUGCCCAUAGUGCCGGAGAUGCCUUGGGCUCCAUUUUCUGUGAUCCGGUCAACAAACACCCCGAUCGAUUUAAUUCUUUCCCGUGGAUCACGAUUGGUCGCCGUCAUGAUCGUUCGAUCGCCAAUGGCUGGGCCUGGGGAGGCACCGAGGACCGCGGAGGAUAUCUGAGCGAGCAGAUUCUCAACACAUGUCUCUUCCGGGCCUACCGAUGCCUUGGGGGUGACUCUAGCGAUAUUGUACGUCGCAAAUGGGCCUCUCGGUACAUGCUCUACUUGAUCAUUGCGGGCAUCGCAUCGUUGGCAACUAGCCCCAUCACCCCCACACCAACUCCGGUGCCAUACGUGACUGCCAUGAUGUUGGCAGAUCGGGGUGAGGUCUUAGGUUUCCCGGGAGGUGCUGUCAGAAAAGUCAUCCGCUGGAGUUUCGAAGAACAGGGUCUCUAUCAACGCCCGGGUGCACCAACUCCGGUGACCACCAGAGGUGCACCUCCUGCCGUGGAUAUUUAUAUUGACGAUGGACGGAACGGUGGUUACAAUUACGCAUCUACCUGGGACCAGGCACCUGGCGUCUGGAACCGGCGCGCGGCGGAUUCUGGUACCGUGCACCAGAAUCCGCUGAAGGGUUUGGCGAACUACGGUUAUGUUCGAGUGCGAAAUCGUGGCACAGUGACCGUGCCUUCGGUCAGGGUAAACGCAUAUCACCUGGCUGACGCGGCGAUAUCGAGCUGGCCAGAAGGAUUUGAAUCCACUACCACCGGCCCAAUUACUGUGACUAAUAUUGCACCCGGUGGUAGCAGGCUUGUGGGUCCAUUUGAAUGGAUUCCUUUGCACAACUCUUCUCGAGACCGUCUCCUUGUCUCAGUCACUGCAGCUGGCGACCGGUCCAACAUCGAUCUAGCCAGUGGACUAGCCUGUGCCCGGGGUCCUAUUGAAAUCGAUAAACUCGUCCCGUAUGACAACAACAUCGCUCUUCGCACAAUGACCAUUGCUUGA